AUGUUCAAAAUGCAUGAAAUGACAAUCAUCCAAAGGACAUGCAGCAAAUCUAUGCCAUGGAUCAAAAUCGUCUAACUAACUCAAUCUCAAAACUUCCCGCUCAAAACGCACUCUCUCUCUGACCUUCUCCCUGUUUCUUCCUUAACCAACAAUGGCGGUCGAAACCUCCAUUUUCGUACUCCUUACUCUCCUCUUCACUUUCCCCAGUUUCAUUUUAUCGUCAAAUACCCAUAAAUACCACCCACAACAAGCAAUCGACCAAGCUUACUUCCAAGACUUGUAUAAUUUCCAUUUUCCUUUCAAUUCAACCCCAAAGUCAUUCUCCUACACCCCAAAAUUAGAUUCACCUUUAGUUCCUGCAUUCUUCGUACUCGGAGACUCGUCUGUCGAUUGCGGAAACAAUAACUUUCUCGGUACUUUUGCUCGGUCCGAUCAUCCCCCUUAUGGAAGAGAUUUUGAUACACAAUUACCUACUGGGAGGUUUUCCAAUGGCAGAAUCCCUGUCGAUUUUCUUGCAAUGAAAUUAGGGCUUCCAUUUGUGCCAAGCUAUCUAGGACAAGUAAGGACUGUUGAAGAUAUGAUUCAAGGAGUGAAUUAUGCUUCUGCUGGAGCUGGAAUCAUUUUCUCAAGUGGAUCAGAUUUGGGCCAGCGCGUGACCUUGGCUCAGCAAAUGCAGCAAGUUACAGACACAAUUCAGCAGUUCAUGCUCACCAUGGGUGAACAUGCUGCAAUUCAUCACAUUUCCAAUUCCAUUUUCUAUAUUUCUGUUGGAACCAAUGACUACAUACAUUACUACCUUCAAAAUGUAUCAUCUGUCCAAUCUUUGUAUACUCCCUGGAGUUUCAAUCAUUUCCUUGCAACCUCAUUGAAGCACCAAAUCAAGAAUUUGUACACUGCUCAUGUGAGGAAAGUGGUGGUAAUGGGGUUAGCACCUAUGGGAUGUGCUCCUCACUACUUAUGGAAACAUAGAAGCCAAAAUGGGGAGUGCAUCAAAGAUAUCAACAACAUGAUAAUAGAAUUCAAUUUUGCAAUGAGACACAUGAUUCAAGAGCUUAACUAUGAGCUUUCUGAUGCCAAAUUCAUCUUCUGUGAUGUGUAUGAAGGUGCUAUGGAUAUAAUCGAAAAUCAUCGACGUUAUGGGCUCGAGGUUACAGCUGAAGCAUGUUGUGGAUUUGGAAAGUAUAAGGGGUGGAUUAUGUGCUUGUUACCUGAGAUGGCUUGCAAAAAUGCCUCAACUCAUGUUUGGUGGGAUCAGUUUCAUCCUACUGAUGCCGUAAAUGCAAUACUGGCUGAUAAUGUUUGGUCAGGAUUGCAUUCUAGAAUGUGCACCCCUAUCAACAUGAAGGAUAUGAUUUCAUAGAUAAAUAUGAUUGCUUUUCAAAUUACAGAAGUCUGUAAAUGUUAAUUGUACUGAAUAGCUUCAGAAUAUUGAUACUGUGAUACUCAUCACCAUUCUCUCAUAUAAGAGAAUUUUGUGUAGCUUGUUGAAAUUUAUAUUAAUAGAUGAAAAAAGUACAUAUAU